AUGACGGACCCCAAAUCUCUCGAUGCCGCCCCCAAUGGCAAGGAAAAGGCCAAACUCAAACCCAGCGUGGUCGUCAAGGACGCCGCCAAGGACCAGAAUGGCAAUGCUGCGCAAAAGACGAGCCCUAAGAAGCGCCGCAAGGUUAAUCAUGCCUGCGUCUACUGCCGCCGCUCUCACAUGACUUGCGACCUUGAGCGACCUUGCACAAGAUGCAUUAAGCGAAAUAUUGGCCAUCUCUGCCAUGAUCAGCCCCGCGAGAGUGAUAUUAAGAAGCCAAAGACAUCCAAGCAGGGCUCCGUUGACGACUCAGAGGCCGCCUCAUCCACGUCUACCGCUAUGGGACCGCCGCCGACAUUCAACCGGCAGCGUUCCGACUCUGGCUUCGGCAGCGUCCUUGGCCAGGGCAGCAACGGUCUUGGCAUGGUCCCCAACCUCGAUCUGCAGCCCGGAGCAAUUAACCCCACUGGCAACAUGAACCAGUUUGCUGGCUUCUCUGAUGCCUGGCUUACAGCCCAAAACUUCAACGGCAUGAACCAGUACAACCCCAACUACAUGGUCGGCGACAAUGUCAACGAGUUCAAGCUUCUCAACGACUUUCUUAACAGUAACCUCCUCGAUGAGACGGGCAUAGCACCCGACGAGACCCAGACCACGACUCCAACUUUUGCCCGCGGCCAAUCUGAACUCGCAGCCGGCUUCAAUGCCGCGCAGUCGGGCUCCCCAAACCUGACUACCUCCAUGCCGCCGCCCCCCCCGGGGAGCGCUGCCUCGGCUAGCACCCCCGGUCGCACACGAUCGUCACGAAUCGCCGCCGCCGCCGACAAGGACAAGGAGCGGGAGUACUACCUGCAGGCUGCCGACCCCGCUGGUAACGCCAUCGGCGAGGAGCGCAUGUCGCGCGUGCUCAUGGCCAAGUACGAUGCGGGGCUCCUCAAACCCUUCAACUACAUCAACGGCUAUGCGCGGCUCGGAAAGUACCUUGACGGCCAUAUUGCGGCCUCGUCGAAACAAAAGAUCCUCCGCACCAUCCACCAUUUCAGACCCAAGUUCAGGGAGAAGGCUCAAGGUCUUACGGAUCUGCAGCUACUGUACGUCGAGAUGUGGUUUGAGCGCCAGCUGAUGGACUAUGACCGUGUCUUUGCCAGUAUGGCAGUGCCAGCCUGCUGCUGGCGCCGAACAGGGGAGAUUUUCCGGGGGAAUAAAGAAAUGGCGGAGCUCAUCAAUGUGCCUGUUGACCAAUUACGCGACGGCAAAAUCGCAUUGCAUGAGAUUUUGACCGAAGAGUCCAUGGUCCGCUACUGGGAAGAAUUUGGCACCAUUGCCUUCGAUCCCUCCCAUGACACGCUUCUCACUGCAUGCUCCCUCAAAAACCCCAGUGACUCAUCAGAUCAUCCAAUUAUGAAGUGUUGCUUUUCGUUUACCAUUCGUCGCGACGAGCACAAGCUUCCUGCACUUAUCGUGGGAAAUUUCUUGCCUCACGACCCGCCCACGCCCGAAUAA